AUGCCUGAACUCCUCGACAUCGCAGUCGAGCUCGUCGAAAGCAUCAUCGACCAUCUCGACCCACUAGAUGUUUCCAACUUUCGCCUUGUCAGCCGCGCCGCCGACGAUUAUGCCGCGAGGGCCUUCAAGGGGAUCUUCUUACCCUCGUGCCGCGUCCUUCUUUGCGACCCAGUCAACCUCCACCGCACUUUGGCACUCGCCCGCCACCCGAAAUUUGGUCCCUGUAUUCGAAUCCUGUUCAUAUUCAUCAACUAUGUCAGCAUUCCAGAAAAAUGGGGAGAGCGGGUGGAUGAGCAUGGCACUUCGCCCAAGGAGCGCGGCGAGUCUCCCACUUCGUUUGAGAAGAAAUUCAUGGAGACCCAACAGCGGCUCAUCAUGACUGGCGACGAUGAGAAAGCUCUGGUCCACAUUUUCUCGGCGCUGAAGGUACAUGGAAAGCUCAGAGGGAUUGGACUCAACGACGCAACGACCGAUGGAGAAGACUGCCCUCCGCCUGUACGCAUGUGCAAGAUCCUUGACGAGUGCGAAGAGCGUGUCUUCGUCCCAGAUGCAGAUGACGAUCGCCCAUUUCGCAUCGUGAUGGACAGCCUGGCACAUACCGGGCUUCCGAUUCAUAACCUCAGAAUGUUUUGCAACACGUGGGGACUCCCGAUGCCUUUGAUCAAUGGGUCCGAGGAGAAGCUUCGCACGAUGAAGAAGGCGUUGCAUCAUACCGAAACCCUCGCGUUACGGAUUGCAGAUUGGGAGGAGGCAGAUCAACUGGACGGGGGACACUUUUCCAGCCCAUGUAUCCGUACUGUGGCCGCAUUACCACAACUCCGGGUCCUGCAGCUGUUUGUCGAACCCAAUUCAUGCUUACACCGUUCUGGACUGUACAGUGGUCGCGAUCUGUGUGAAUGUCGCCCAAUGCACGAGCUCUUCGAAGCCGUUAUGCCGAAUCUAGAAAUCCUGAUGUUGAACAACAGCAUCAUCGACUUCGAGGAACUGAAGAAGUUCGUCAAGCGUCAGCCUGCUCUAAGAAUCCUCGAGCUUAAUGGCGUGCUUGUCCGGGGAUUCAACGUUGAGGAGCUGCUGGAGAUCCAAGAAAGAUACCGUGUAACCGAUGACAUGAACGAGGAGGAGACAAAGCAGCAAGUCGAGCGGAAAAAGCAGGCGAUGGAAAACAAAACGACCAAGUUUCGUGAAGAGAUUGGAGUGGUGGGCUCGACAGACGUCCUCUUCUCGUUGACUUUCUAG